GUUAUUCGGCGGGAGUUUCGGAAGUAGCUGCGGCGGCGCGGAACCACGAACCGAACCAACGCGGAAGAGGACCCUCUGCGGUGACGCCGAGUCUGCAGAGAAAGAUCCUAAUACCUUCCAUGGAACUGGGGGCUAAGAUAGGUUCUGUGUACUGAGUUCUUGAAGACAGCAGUCAGUGAUAAUAACCUUGCUGCUGAGGGUCUUGGAGGAGGCAAGUGAGGGCAUUUGAAGCACAAGACCCAUUAUGGGAUAGUGAAGCCCCUGUGAGACUGGAGCUGGAAUGUGAAGAACAGAUCACCUCAUUUUCCUGUUUUCCUGUUUUCAUCCAGGAUGACUUCAGUGACCAGAUCAGAAGACCAGGAACCAAUGAUGUCAGAGACUCAGGAUCAUCAAUUGCAACCAAGUCUCAAGCCUUUGGAAGCAUUGCCUCAGUCCUCUGCCUACCAGGAAAUGAUGACGCAAGGCAUUUCAAAAGAAAAAAACCACCUUGGCUCAAGUCCUGGAGAGGGGGAAGGUUGUGGUGCUGACCACCAGGAGGCACCUCAGUUGAGGUCCUUUCAUUUGUCCCCUCAAGAACAGUCUGUCCGUCAUCAAGACAGAAGGCAGUCCUGGAGACGAUCGAGCAUGAAAGGAAUAAACCGGCGGAAGUCAUUGGCUCCCUUUCACCCGGGCAUGACAGAGCUCAGCAGGUCAAUCAGCGUGAAGUUAGCACAAAGCCAGCGGCUUGGCGCCCUCCUGCUCUCCAGCUUCCAGUUCUCUGUUGAAAAACUUGAACCUUUCUUAAAGAGCACUAAGGACUUCAGCCUUGAAGAUUUCAGAGCAAAAGCAUCUUCUCUCUCUGAAGAAUUGAAACAUUUUACAGACAGGCUGGGAAAUGAUGGAACACUACAAAAAUGUUUUGUUGAAGAUUCAAAAGAAAAAGCACCAGAUUUUUCACUGGAAGCAUCAGUAGCUGAGGUGAAAGAAUAUAUAACAAAGUUUUCUUUAGAGCGCCAGGCCUGGGAUCGGCUCUUAUUGCAGUACCAGAAUGAGGUGCCACCUGAAGUGAUGCCCAGAGAAUCAACUGAAACCAAACUCACCGAAGUCAAGGUGGAUCCUGCAACGUACCUCAGGUCUUCCCAGAAGGAAGUUCUUAACACGAAGCCUGACUACCAGAGAAUAGUACAGGAUCAGAACCAAGUGUUCGCCUGUAUGGAGUUAGUGAUGGAUGAGCUACAAGGAUCCGUGAAGCAGCUGCAAGCCUUCAUGGAUGAAAGUACUCAGUACCUCCAGAAGGUGUCAGUACAGCUCAAGAAGAGAAGAAUGGAACAAUUAGAUUCUUCACCUGCUCGAAAACUGCUCAAGCUCCCCCCACAGAGCUCAUCUCCCACCCAGUGAUCAGGAUCCUGUUAGGGAUCUUACCUCACAGCAGACAGCUGGAAAGUCCCAGCACUACAGCACUUCCCUGUUUCUGAGGGACAGCAUGGAUGUAACCAGAAGAGUGUGUUAAGGACACUUUUUAUAGGAAUGUGCAAGAUGCUUAAAAUGACCUUCAGAACCAGUCUCUCCUUGCUCUAAAUAUCCUCUUGGCCAGUGCUUUUCAUCCCAUAAAACAAUCCAAAGACAUCUAGAACUAACCUUAAGGAAAUGUUUUAGGGGCCAAGGUGGGUUGUCGUCAUAAAAGACUGACGCUAAAGUGUGGAACUGAAGGUGGAUUCUAGGAUGUUGUCACAUAACAGGUGUGUGUGGACACUUUAAAGAAUGUCCAUUUUCUGAAGUGUCCUAAUGUCUGUAGAGUGCUUUAGUUUUUAAUAUUGAAUUGACUUCCUAAAAUCUAAAUUCAUGACAAGAAAGGGCUGAGAUGAUUUUUUUCCCUUUGGGAAUUUGCCCUGCCUCCCUAAGAAUUGAACCCCAGGCUUUGUGAGUGCUAGGGAGGCACUCAGGAAGCUUUAGUCUUGAGGUUUUGGUUUUUAAGUUUUAGUUACUGAAUGGCACCUGAAACAGAAUAGCCCUAUGAGCUAUAUUUUAAAAACUGUGUGUUGUCAUUUCCUAUGGCUGAGAGACAGUUACUUAACCUCUGAUCUGGAGCAUUAGAAGGAUGUUAGAAUCUAUGUUGUAAGGACACCAUAAGGAUCUGUGCUAUGAGUAAAAGCCUGGAACAGUGUUACAGUUUGAUGUUGAAGACUGAAAAAUGAGUAGACGGUAGUUAAUGAGGCGAGAAAGCUACUCUCUAGUAUGGAAUACCACUGGAGAACUCAAGCAGAUACAUAUAAAGUCUGGAUUAGAAAUAAACUUAAAAGGUAUGCCUAGUUGUUGGAGAUGGUUUUGUACACUAUGUGUCCAUGUGUCUCUGCCCUUCCUUACCUUCCUAAAGCACCUUCUGAUUGGUUAAAAUAAAAAGCCUGUGGCUUAUAGCAAAAAGCAGGAUGGUAAAGUGGGACACCCAGAAGGAGUCAAGCACAGGAGAUUUGCCACCCAAAGUGUGAUGUAUGAAACUGAGGAGAGGUAACCAGCCAUUUGGCAGACGUAGAAUAGUAUAAAUGGGCUAAUAUAAGUUAAGAGCUAGCUGGGGACCUAGCCUAAGCUAAGGCCAAAAGUAUUAUAAACAUAGAUUCUUCAGGAAAACAUCAAGUGGUGGAUGAUGCCAGUGUAGAUGGAAGACCCAGGGGUGGAUUAGGAGGGUGCAGAGGCUUCUGUAGAGGAUACAGCAGUGGUCGUGGUCUAGGCCUCGAGGGUCGUGGAGGUAAAGUUGAAGACAAGGAGUAGACCCUCAUCACCAAGCUGGGGUGCCUGGUUAAGGACUCGAAGAUCACCUUCUUGGAGAUCUACCUGUUCUCCCUGCCCAUUAAGGAGCCCAAGAUUACUAUUGUUUUUUUUCCUGGAUGCAUCCCUAAAGGAUGAAGUUCUGAAGAUCCUGCCAGUGCAGAUGCAGACUACACUGGACAACAGACCAGAAUCAAGGCUUUUGUCACUAAUGGGGACUACGGUGGUCACAUGAUGUUGGUCUUGGUGUUAGGUGCUUCAAGGAGGUAGCCACUGCCAUCUGAGGAGCCAUCAUUUUGGCCAAGCUCUUUAUUGUCCCUGUGCAGAGAGGCUACUGGGGGAACAAGGUUGGCAAGCCCCACACUGUUCCAUGCAAGGUGACAGGCUGCUGUGGCUCUAUGCUGGUGCGUCUCAUCCCUGCCUCCAGAGGCACUGGCAUUGUCUCUGCUCCUGUGCCCAAGAAGCUACUAAUGAUGACCGGUAUAGACGACUGCCCACACAUUAGCCAGAGGCUGCACUGCCACCACCCUGGGCAACUUUACCCCCGACCUCUGGAAAGAGACUGUUCACCAUGUCUCCUUAUCAGGAAUUCACUGAUCUCCUGUGAAAACCCACUCUAGAGUCUCUAUUCAGAGGACCCAGGCUCCAGCUGUGGCUACCCUACAUAAGGCUUUUUAAACAAGAAAAAUAAAGUGAAUUAAGUCUGUUAAUAAA